AUUGGAUCCUGGAAAUAAUACAAAAUGGCGUCCUGACAACAAGUUGCUCAAAGUAGAGGUUUUUUGUUUAUCCAUAUGUUCACAUUUUGAAUAUCUUACAGCAUGAUUAGAUGACAGAAAGACAGUUGAAAUGGAAAGUUUUAAGGAGUUCCCGUGCGAUGCCAUUAUAAAAAAGCCCGUAGUUUUGCGCGUGGGGGAGGCAAGCUCGGACUUUAGAUCUGGUUGCGCGGUGGUAGAUGUUUUGUUUCCCGGUACGGACACUGUAAAUAUUGAUAGAAUAUCAUUUAAAAACAAUUACUGCUCAUCGGUGGAGAUAAGGAUGAAAGUUUAUGGGCCAGACUCUAAUGAGGUGUGGAAACAGUGCAUAAAAAAAACAAAGCUUAUGCCGGAGCCACAUUAUGAGGCUGGUAGUCAGAGCUACUUCGAAUUUACGGCACGGGACAUGUGUAUGCCGACAGACAAGGUCAUCAUGAUAAGAAUAAUCCUUCGACAGUCUUCCCCUCACUGGGCUAACUUUGGCAUUGAUGAUUUGAAGUGCUUCCCUCCCUCAUCACUAACUUCAUCUCCAUCAUGGCUUAGUCUACAACAGGAUACAGAUUCUGUGCAAGGCAACAAGCAAUUUCACCAGGCCCUCCCAGACCCAACGCAAGUAUCACAGAGCAUGCAACAAAUGUGGGCAAUGAUGGAGGAGAUAAAAGCAUCACAGACAGAUCGACUUAUUGGAAGAUUUGAUGUGGAUGGGAGCUAUGAUAUCAAUCUUCUGUCAUACACUUGAAAUCAAUCUGGGAAGACUUAAUCAGACAGGCAAAGGUCCGGAAAGGUACGGAUUGAGUGCACAUAGAUCCUGGGUGAUUCAAGACAUCCUUGGAGUAACUAUCAUCAUAAUUCUUACCAGAUAUCUGCUUGAAAUAGGAAACAAGUCUGUGGUGGGUGGAGGUUUUCUACGCAAAAGCAAUAAGGCAAACGUAAUACUUUUUUUUCAACAUACUUCUCUCGUGGGAUUUUUUUCAAAUAUAGUUACUUUUGUAUAAUGUAAAUUCAGAAGCCAAACAGUAAAAUGAAUCCUGUCUGAUAAAUUUCAACUGUUUUCCAUCCAAACCAUGAUGUAAAAAAGUACAGAUUUUUGAGAAUACUUAAUUCUCGGAAGAGGAAAAAUUAACAAAUUACUCAGAUCUAUCAUUUCACUCCCUCAAAGGGGCAGUCCACACCCUUGUCCUAGGAAAGUUUAAUAGAAUAAAAUGUGGGUAUAAUAAACAACAUAAUCUUCCUGAUCACUUCCCUCUUCCUGUCACUUCGCCCAAGCCUAAUAAGUAGAAAUAAGCUUAUUCUUCUUAAAAAGGGAUUUAAUGCAAUUUUAAAACCGAAAAGUAUUAUCUUUUUGAUGUGAGGCACUCAAACCACAAUAUUGUGUUUAUCUAAAAGAUCAAAGGUUGGUUGAUAAACCUGAAUAGUUAUUUUAAUAUUUCGCAUGGUCUCGCCUGUUUUUGAGAUUGCCAAAAUAACACUAAAAUCACUUGGGCCCCUUUGAUCCUAUUUUGUAUACAUCAUCAUAUUACAUAUAAAGGCAGGCAUCAUUAACAUCAGUUUAUAGUUAGAUAAAGCUUUAUUAGGGAUACAAUCAGUGUCUAAACUUUUAUAAAUGUGUUGGACAUAAAAUAAUAUAUUCAGGGUUUCCAAGCA